AGGUGAUUAAUGAAGCUAUUUUUGGUCUGGAGAAGCAGGUACCUGCUGAAGAAGAAGAGGACUACAUCUCCCAUCACCCACCUCAGUAUGACGUCAUCUUUCAGCCAGGUAAACUCAUAGGAGCAAAUACUCAGAGUACUAGUACACGGUGACAGAGGAUCGUUGGACGUUUCUGUGUUUCAGAGGAUCAAAGGUUUGCUUCCGUGAGUCUGUUAACAGAAUAAAGCGACGCGAGGUAAAUACCUGUCUCACAUCUCACUGACCAUCUGCAGUCCUGGAUAAUCCCUGAGAGCAGAUUAGAGACGCUGCAGCACAACGACAACACUUCAGAGGAAACAUCGGACUCUUCGAGGUCCAGAACCACAAUAAUUUUGGUUCUAGAGGAUUUUAUUGUGAAGGAACAAGAAGAAGUUUACGACACGUUUUAAUUUGCUGACUGAAAAAAAACUUUUUGGAUGUUUUGAAGCCGUUAUGAAGACUUUGACAUCAGAUCCGAAGACUCCUUUAUUGUGAAAUCUUUUAAGCUUUUUAUUGUGGAGAUUGAAACAAUAUCCGUGCCUUUUAUUGUGAAGGCUUCAAAUACUUGGGCUUUUAUUUGUUUUACCUAUUUUCUUUAUGCUUUUUAAAAACGGAUGGUACAAGUUUGUUGUUUUAUUUUGAAGGACUCCUGAGCUGAGGACUUACUUUUUUGUGCAUGUGGUUUUAUUGUGAAAAAUCACCUUUUAUUUUGAAGCUGUGUACGAUUGUGUAGUUGAUUAAGGACUUACUUGUUACGGAUUCAAACAUUUGGGGGAUUUGUUUUGUACUGAAUGCUGUUGGGACUUUUAUUGUGAAGCUGACUAGAAAUGUAGGCAACACACCACAUAAUGAAGGAUUCAAAGUUCUCUGGGGCUUUUAUUAUGAAGGGUUUGAAGUUCUCUGGGGCUUUUAUUGUGAAAAGAUUGUCGCCAGGUGAUCUGUCCUGAGAGGCGGAGUGGCCGGACAUCAAACAGCCAAUGAGCUGUCAGAGAUGAUUUCGUACGUGGAGUGUCUGGGCGGUGAGGGGGCGGGGCCUAACGUGGGGUCGCGCUGUUGGACCGGUGGCCCCGACGAAGAGCAAGACGAGCUGCUUCCGCGCAAGAUGGCCACCCUGCAGCCAAAGACGGAGGGCAGCCUGCGGCGCCGCCUCCUCAGCGCCAAAAUCCAACAGCACCACGACGCCAUCUUGGGAAUGAAUGCGGGCGGCAGGCCUGCGACGCCCACAGGUGACUGGAAGCCCCUCCCACCUCACCUCCAGUAUCCAGGCAACAGCCCUUGGUUCCGCCGCCAGCACCUCCCACCGCGACCCGGCGUCCACCCUUCUCUCGCCCCAGAGGAUCAUGGGAAACCGCGGUCCACCUACCCGGUCCUGACCCAGCGGGGCCGGACAGGUUCCUGCCCCCCCACCCCGGAGCCCCGCCCCGGCUACACCCUGCCAGCCCUCCCUCCUCUCGGGUCCCCGCCCCACUUCAGAGAACCAGAGGUGCCGCCGCAGUACCGCUACCGACCCAGCAGGAGGCGCCGGACCGGCUUCUUCUGCUUCGGGUCCCAACCAGGGAGGAGCUUCGGACUGGAGGCCACACAAGCCACGCCCCUUCUACAUCGAGCAGGUGACGGAGACAGCAGGUGGUCCGUUCACUACACUACCCAGAAGCCCCAGCAGGGUCUGCUCUUCAUCCCUGCUAAUGACCUGCGAGGUCAGAGGUCAGCAGAGAGCAGCAUCUCAGCGUGUAAUGGGCUGACUCAGCAUGGCUACAGCCCUCAGAGCCCCGCCCCUUACCCGUCCUCCUCUGGCCUCGGCCAAUCAGAGGGCAGCACGGCCCGCAGAGGGUGGAAGGACAAAAGCAGGAGGAUGUCCUCAGCUUUCUCAGACGAAGACGAGCAGUUCAUCUUGCACAACACGCGACCUCUGACCCCACUGGUCCUCAACCCUGUCCCCCGCACCUCCUGUUGGGAUGUCUUUGGCUCCGCCCACGAGCCAACAUUCAACCUGGAGGUGGAGCCGCUCCCCCGGCUUCCAACACCAGAGGAGAGGAUGAGGCAGCAGGCCGAGACGGUCGCCGCUCAUGUAGUCCCGAUCAAUAUAACAGGCGAGAGUUUUGAUCGUCAAGCCAGUUUUCGAAAAGAGGGUUCUAACAACGACUCGAUGUCUCUGCGACCCCGAAACCUGAGCCGCCGCCAGACGGUUACUGGGAUACCUGAUGAUGUCAGCCGGACUCUGGACUUGCCUUUGGUCUCUCUGGAUCUUCCCGGUCACUUCUCCACUGUGGGUCGAUCUGUGUCCUCCUGCUCCUCUGCCCACCAACAGAAGGGAGGAACGGAGGAGGAGGAGAUGGGAGAGCUUAGAGUGGAGGAAGUGCAUUCAUCAGCAAGGAGGAUCCGAGCUCCUAGAGGUCGAGGGCUGUCCAGCCUCAUGGCCUCCCUCACAUCCGCCCUACCUGUUGACUCCUGUCACGACCUUGAGUCCUCCUCUUCCUCCUCGGAGGUCCAUAGCCUCCCCAGUCUGGUGACCAACUCCUCUCUGAACUCUGAGGCCUCCUACAGGACACUCAGUGCCUCCUCUUCUUGUUGUCAGGAUCUUCAGGGUUUCCCCAGCGACCUCCAGCCCAUGCUGCCCUUUGACCCCACUGCCAGAGUCAUCCCCCAGUCACCUUCCUCCUCCUCUUCUUCCUUCCCUUCCUCCCUCGUCAACUCCUGCCUCGCCAGCACCCCUAGCCGUGCCCUGCAGUCGGAGUGGUCUUACUCCAGCGAUAAGCCCCUUAAUGAGGCUGCCCAACAUCGCAGUUCUCCUUCCUCCUCCCACUACCUCUCCUCUUCCUCCAUCGCAGACUCGGCGUCUCGGUUUAGCUACCAGGCUCUGGAUGACCGGACCCUGACCCAGCAGGACUCCCAAAGCUCCUACGAUGAGGAGACCUGGAGCUACCAGCCCCUCUCGCCCAGCUCAAGUGUCCACAGCGGCCGGACCAGGGGCAACUGGAAUGCCAUCGCCCAUGAGAUGAGAUGUGUUUCUGGGGAAGCUUGGAACUGUGACCCCCUGCUCUCCUCCGGUCGCUCCACCCCAGAGAAGAUCACCUCCUCUCCUUUGCUAAACCAGGAGAAAAGGAGGUUCAGCACUUCCUCCUCCUACUCUCGCUCAAACAUCCGCAGCAUCUCCCUCUGCAAGUCCAAGCGCCCGCCUCUUCCACCGUUGCGCUCUGACUCUUUGAGGCGCCGGCCGGGUUGUACUAAACCCCCCCGCUCCUCCUCCUCCGAUUCCCGGCCAGAACCGAACUCCCGCCUCGAACCCACAACCCACCAGAUCUUCCAUGACCCCUGGGUGCCCCGGAGUAACACCAAACGGCACCAAAGUGGCUUCAACUGCGGAACAGUGACGACCUUUGAACCUUUGAACCAGGAGGACACCGCUGAAUAUCCUCCUUCUGAGCAGCUACCGCCAAGCCCCGCCCACUCACAUGGCCACGCCCCCACUCCUGCGUCACCAGGCUCACAUGAGGAGGGGCUGAGGUUUACUCCCAACCCUCAACCAGCCUCCUCCUCGGUGGCUGAGCUUCAGCGCCUCGCCUCGCCCUCCAGUGGCUACUCCAGCCAGUCCAACACUCCCACUCCUGGCACUCCUGUGUCCUCCCCUCUCUCCCCCUCUUCUCCUGGAACCUUCUCCCUCCCCCCGACCUCCCCCUUCUCCUCUUUACACUCGUCCUCCUUUCCCCUGUCCACCGCCGUCUGCUCCAUGUCCAGGACAACUUCUCAGGGCGAAGGGAGGCCAAAGCCUCCGGUACCAGAGAGGAAGUCCUCACUCUUCUCCUCCCAUUCCUCCUCAUUUUGCUCCACCUCCUUCCUCUCCUCUUGCACCUCCUUAGACUCUUCUGCCAAGCAUCCUCCUCCUCCUCCUCUACCAGAGUGUUCCUCUCCUUUGCCUCCUGUCUUCUACUCCCCCAUUCACAAGUGUCCUCCCCCAGCUCCUCCUCUUCCUCAGUGCUGCCUGCCUGCUUCCUCCGUCAACAAACUCUCUGCUGCUCCUCCUCCUUCAUCUUCAUCUCUUCCUCCUCCUCUUCUCCCACCCUCAUCCCUCCCUCUACCCCCUCCCCUGCCUCCUCCACCUCCUCCUCCUCUCCCACCCUCAUCCCUCCCUCUACCUCCUCCUCUUCCACCUCCCACUCGGCCUCCUCCUCCCCCUUACUCCUACGCCAUCAGGCAGACCUCUCAUCAUUCUUUGGUGUCAUCAUCAAACGACUUCCCUCCACCUGCAUCUUCUCCUCUUCCUCCCUCUUCCGAAUUGCCAAUUGCUGACCUUUUACCUCCACCAGCACCUCCUCCCUUCCUUCUUCUACCUGCUCCCCCCUCAUUCCCUGCCUCCUCCCUCACCCCCCUAGGCCGCUGUGUUAAGGUGCCCACGACGUUCCGCCCCCUGGUCACCACCCAAGCUUUGCAGGGUGUCAAGCUUCGCUCCGUCAAGAACCAGGAAGGCCUGCUCACUAGCACCAUGCUAACUGAUGCUAACCAUGCUAAUACCGUCCAUGACCUACCAAGCAAAGAAGCUCAUCCAGAUGGUGCUGUGUUGGCUAACGCUGAUGUUAAGCUACCUGGAACUGGAUCACAAAAUGCUGCAUGUGGUCUAGGUAGCAAUGAAGCUAACAAAACUAUUUCUUUAAAAAGUAAUGCUAUCGCUGAGGAAGAGCAACCUGCACGCAGAUCAGAUCAUGAUUACCACAGCCUAACACAACAUGACGUCAGGACACCCUACAAUGAUCCACAGGGCAUUGUAGCUAGCACAGCUAGCCAGAGAAGCUCUGUGCCUCAGCUGACCAAUAGCGAAACUCCUCAUGACAUCCGGUACAACGAACCACAGAAGAAAGGGUCAGACAUUUAUGCUACACUAGCAAGUCCUGACAGUCCCUGGGUAAAAAUAUCUUACGAUAACGACAACAACACAAUCAUCCAACAUCGUUCUUUGCAACAACAACAGGCCACAGCUCCAGUGUUGGCAGAUGCAAAGCUAACUGAGGCUGCAAGGAAACAGGGAAACACAGACGCUUCAUAUUGGACACUCUCUGGAACGAGACAAGAGUCUCGCACAGAAAAUAGGAGGAUACUUUUGGACAGCAAAGAGGAAGUGGAGACAAACGAAAAGAAGAAUUUUGAAAUGUGGAACGAUGCAGCUGAUGAAUCAACAGUAUUUAGUGGAAUAAAACUGAAUAAUGGGGUCUGUAGGACCGCUAGCCCGAGGAAACUCCACUCCCCAGAGAAGCCCACCCUGCCAAAGAAGCCCGAUCUUUGCAUUCUGGGUCUCACGGCAUACCCUGAGGACAGACGAGGACAGAAGAGCAGUGGACAAAUCACGGCGUCUUCUUCUGGACUCAACAGCCAAUCACAGCAUCCCGCUGAUUCCUUCUGCACACCCUCACCAAAUCACCUGACUCGCACGACUUUGCCUGUAGAAAAGACACAUGAUUACAUCACCACACACUCACCUGUUGGCUUUCCUCACAGACAGAAGCCACCGGUUUUGCACAAGAAGCCAGAUCGCUCAACCGAAACCCCCAAACCUCUCUCUGGGACCGCUGGGAUCACUUUAAAUGGCACCAUGGGUACCUUGGAGAACUGGGGUACCUCAGGAACUCGGGAUACCAUGGAGACCAGUAGCACCCAAGGGAUCAUGGGCAUGCAUGGGAACUGUGAACCCUCAGGGAACAUGGGUAUCACAGAGACCCAGAGUAUCAAAGGGGCUCCACACUCUAUGGAUGACACCCCGAGUACUGAGAACCGGGACACCAUGGAGACCACUGGCACCCUAGGGACCAUGGGCAUGCAUGGGAACUGUGGACCCUCGAGGAUCGUGGGUAUCGCAGAGACCCGGAGUAUAAAAGGGGCACCACACUCUAUGGAUGAGACCAUGAGUACCAAGAACCGUGGAACCUCAGGAACUCGGGGCACCAUGGAGACCAGUAGCACCCUGGGGACCAUGGGUAUGUAUGGGAACUGUGGUCCCUCGGAGACCUGUAGCACCUUCGGGACCACAGACCCCUGGAUCAUCAAGACUAGAACUUAUCAGGACACUGAGAAUAUGUUUCACACGAACAUGAUGAGGUCGUCGCUGGCUGAAGAUAAAGAGGAAAACGAGAAGGAGAUGGUGGAGGAGACGGGGAUGAAGGCACCAAUUAUGAUGACGCCAUCAACCACCAGGAAAAAAGACAAAGCAAGGAAGAGGAGGAAGAGGAGGGCAGGCAGGCAACUGCUGAUGAUGUCGACAAUGAGGCCCUCCCCCUCCUCCUUCUCAUCAUCCUCAUCGUCUUCAUCCUCAUCCGGAGAUGAACGAGACGUAAAAGAGAGAACGCGUCAGAGAGCAAGGAUGACGACGGUACGCCAACAAGACGCCAGUGACUCUGAGAGCUCCUGCGCUCCGAUUGGUCGGAGCAGGUGCUCCCUCAGCAGCGCGUUGUCCACCGACAGCAUGCAGGGGGAGAAGUCGCUUCUAGACCUGCUGAUCCACGAGGAAGAGGAGGAAGAUGAGGACGAGCGUGGGAAGAAGGGAGCAGACAGGAGGAAGACGGCCGGAGGACCUCCCAAUGAUAUGUUGGUCAGCAUUGCAGCAGAUCACAUGUUCGAGUCCGGUCGACCACGAACCACAGAGGAUCUGUUCGCCGUCAUCCACAGGUCUAAAAGGAAGAUGCUCAGAAGACGGGAUUCAGAAGACGAUAGUCAUCAUAUUUCCUCUUCUUCUGUCUCCCGUCCGAUCACCCUCACUGCCCCCCUGCCUCGCCCGAGGCCUCGAACUGCAGCUCCUAGAAGUCAAAGCUCAGUGAGGAGUGAGAGCUUUAAGGCCCUGCUGCUGAGGAAGGGUAGUCGGUGGGAUUCGUCUUCUCGAAUCUCGGCCGUUGAGCAACUUUGCAAACUUGCUUCUUCGGCAACUACUGCCAAACUCCACAGUGUUCUACCGCCACCGCCGCCAGUCCAACGUCCAGUUCAACCUCCAGUCCAACCCUCCAGCUUGUCCCGUCCCUCAGAACUACCCCAGAACUUCUCCAUGAUCGGAUUCGGAUGGGGGCAGAGGGAUCUGACACCGAAUCACGUCCUCCUCACCUCCUCCUCUUCCUCUUCCUCCUCCCACUUCUUUUUCCUCUCCUCCUCUUCCUUCAUGCGGCAUCGUUCCCUCACUCCCCCCUGCUCCUCUAGCCGCCGUUUUGCCUCUCGCUGCUGCCGCUACGCCGCCCCCAUGACCGCCAUCUUUGAAGGAGAAUGCGAGGAGGAAGACGAGGAAGAACAGGAGGACGACGAGGGACCGAAGGAUAACAGAUUUCUUGGAAAAAUCUUCGUUGAAUGUGGCGAUGUCGGGGUCUUCUACUGAUCCGGAUCUGGUUCACGAACAUGUUGCACUGCCCCAGAAAACCAGCCUGGACUGAACCGGAAUGGACUAAACCGGUCUGGAGUACACCGGCCUGGACUACACCAGCUGGACUACACCGGCCUGUACUACACCAGCUGGACUACACUGGCCUGGACUGAACCGUCCUGGACCAAACCGGACUAGACUGAACCGGACAAGACUGAACCGGACUGGACUAAACCGGACUAGAAUAAACCGGACCGGACUCAAUCCGGACCGGACUGAAGCAUUUGAUUGAAUUCACUCAAGCACAGUUGUGUCAGAACGAGUGUACUUAUACUUCAUGGCACCAGUUAAUGUACUUAAACUACAGUUAUGAACUUGUAUUUUUUUCUUCUGUUUUCCUUCUUUCACGGACACUGAACGUUCAUAUUUAGUUUCUAAGUAGUCUCGUCUUUGUCCUCUCUGGUUGAAGACGACGCAACGUUAUUUGAUGUCCUGACAUGAAAACAUAGUUUUUCUUUAGAUCACAGAGUAAAUGUUAAUAAUUAGAAUAUAGUUCGUAAUAAUAAUGUUAAAGUAGUUAUGUUUUAAAGGUUUCUGGGACUUAAUGCAAACAAACUGGAUGUAUAUUUUUUAUUUCAGACAUUUUUGAAUGAUUUUACAUGUUAACACCAGAUUUGAGCUGAAACUAGAACCAACAAGGAACGUAGUCUGUAAAUAAUCACGCUUCAUCUUCAUCGUUUAUGUUUCAUUGAGCUUCACGUCUCCAUGAUAUACUGUACAUAUAAAGACUUAGAAUAAUUAAAGAGGUUCAGAUGUGAUCAGAAGAGAUGAAGAGAGAAUGAAAACUAAGCAACAAACAAAUGUCAAUACAGAAAAAGUGUCCAGAUGAGCAGAAAUAAAAGGCAAACUAAAUUUAUUCUUUUGACUCUUUUGUCUUUUUUAUUUUAAUACAAGAGCAACAACCAGAGAAGAAUUAAGUACUUUGGUUAUUUACUAAAGUAAAAGUACUCCGACACUGUGAAAAUACUCUGUUACUCCUACAAGUCCUUCUUUAAUGAUAAUAAGAUUUUUUUUACAGUGUAUGUUUCUGUGGUUUACUACCUGUGUAUUGAUCAGUGCUGUCUGGUUUACUGAGUAUUGAUCCAGGCUGUAGUUCCUGACGUGGCCUCUGGGGGGCAGCACCCCCACUGAGCUGAAUGGACUCUGUUGUCCUGGUCUGAGACUCUGAGGCAGUCAUGAGACCCUGUUUGCUUGUCCUGAACCAUGUGAGUCUGAAGAGACGGAGAGAGAGGAGGAGGAAGAAGAGAAGAUGGAGGACUGGUGUCGGUGGGUGAGGGAGGAAGGGUGGUGGGUGAGGAGGUGCUGCUGUGGCGAGGAAGAGGACGACGAUGAGGAGGAGGAGGAAGGAAGGAGGGAGGAAGAAGAAGAGGAGAAGGUGAAGAUGGAGGAGCUCAGCUUGAGAAAGAGCAGGAGUUCAACCUGCCUCCCUCCU